UUGCCCUUGGUUGGUCGGUAAGAGUAAGUGUAGUUAAAAUUUAUUUUGUCAGGUUUAUCCUAUUUUGUUUGAUAAUUAUGUUCUCUGGUAGGUUUAUGUCAAUGUGGAGGAAAAAAUUUCAGCUGCCACAGAAGAGGUCAAAGGAAGUUUUGGGAUGGGGAAGCAAGAGCCUUCAGGGUCAGCUGGUGAUUCGGCUAAUUAUGGUUUUAAGAUGAAAGAUGGAAGCAAGUCCGCAUUUGGAGAAGAAAAGCAGCAGCAAUCAGGGCCUACUGAUACUACAGAAACAGUAUUUAGCAAACUCAAGUCCAGCGUUUCUUCCAUUUCUCCUAAGGUUUCACUGGCCUUCCAGAAAUUAAAGGAAGCAAAGCCUAUUGACGUAGCAAAGAAGGGUUACCACAUUGUAAAGGAUGAGUUGAGCGGUAACCCACAUAAGAGAAAGCACCUUGAAUAUACAGCUUCUUCCACAGGCCCCUCAUCUCAAGGUGAAAGGAGUUCAAGAACUGAUGUCGUCGUCCUACCCUCUAAGCAGUCUCGAUGGAGUAAAACUUGGGAGGCAUUCAAAGAAAAGACGCAAGGCCAUCCUAUAUUCAAGCGUGUCAGUGGCUUAAGUGAACCUGUUGUGACAAAGAGCCGGGAGAUCAAGGAAGACAUGCAGGAGAUGUGGGACACUAGUGAUCACCCUGUUGUACACAAAAUUCAGGAUAUCAAUGAAAGUGUAUUUGGAGAAACGGCUGCUGCAAUGUCAUUCAAGGAAAUACGUCAGCGAGAUCCAUCUUUCUCUUUACCAGAAUUUGUUGCUGAGGUCCAAGAAGUGGUUAGACCAGUCCUUACUGCAUACAUAAAGGGAGAUAUUGAAGUCUUGAAUAAGUAUUGUAGUUCAGAAGUGGCAGAGAGAUGUAAGGCAGAGCAUAAGGCAUAUGAAAGCCAGGGUAUCUUUUUUGAUAACAAGAUUCUACACAUAUCUGACGUCGAAUUGAGAGAGACCAAAAUGAUGGGGGACUCUCCCAUAAUCAUUGUGGGGUUCCAGACGCAGCAGGUAUAUUGUGUACGUGAUAGACUUGGCUCAAUAAAAGAGGGGAGCAAGGAUACCAUCCACACUGUGUACUAUGCUUGGGCUAUGCAACAAGUGGAUAGAGAAGAACUUGGAGAAGGUGUUCCACACGCAAUAUGGAAGCUUAGGGAAAUGCAACUAUUUGGCGUGCAGGCCCUCAUAUAAAUUGUGCAUUUCCCCAUCAGCGGCAUCUUGUCAUUAUUGCUGUUCACCGUUAUGUUGUUGAGUCGGAGAAUGAAUUGAACCUAAAUCUUCCUUUGCAAAUGAAUGAGAAUUUAGAUCAUCUGUUGCACAAUUGAUUCAAUUUAUUCAUACCCGUCUUUGCUUGACCAUGGUCCUUUUUUGAUAGCUGUUUGUUG